CACACACACACACACACACACACGCACAGCGAUUUCAGACGCCGAUAAAACACCUCCAAACGCCGUCGUUUAGCACUUCACGGGGGAAUGGCUGAAGUGAUCUCCCUAAUGGACAUCGACGGCGAGAACGACGAGAGCGGCCAGUCCCCAAACCCUAGCAGCAAGGGGAAAAACGUCGUCGUUUCAGCUGGUCCGGCGGACAGCAAGGCCACCCCUUGGGUCGAGAAGUACCGCCCUCAGUCUCUAGACGACGUCGCUGCGCACCGUGACAUUGUUGAAACCAUUGAUAGGUUAGCAAAUGGAAACAGAUUACCCCAUUUGCUGCUGUACGGGCCACCAGGGACAGGGAAGACAUCAACUGUCCUUGCAUUGGCUCGUAAGCUUUAUGGGAACCAACUGCAAAACAUGGUCCUGGAGCUUAACGCGUCUGAUGAUCGUGGUAUUGAUGUUGUGAGACAGCAAAUUCAGGACUUUGCGAGCACUCAGAGCUUCUCUUUUGGUGCAAAGUCUUCCGUGAAAUUGGUUCUAUUGGAUGAGUCGGAUGCCAUGACUAAGGAUGCUCAAUUUGCUUUGCUUAUUGAGAAAUACACAAAGAGCACUAGAUUUGCUCUUAUCUGCAAUAAUGUCAACAAGAUCAUUCCAGCAUUGCAGUCGAGAUGCACAAGAUUCCGAUUUGCUCCUCUCGACUUUGUUCAUGUCAUGGAGAGGCUUAAACAUGUCAUUAAAGCUGAAGCGCUUGAUGUUCCUGAGAAUGGUAUGAAAGCUCUUGUAAGGCUCUGCAGUGGUGACAUGAGAAAGGCUCUCAACAUUUUACAGUCGACACAUAUGGCUUCCCAGCAGAUCACAGAAGAAGCUGUGUACUUGUGCACGGGAAAUCCUUUGCCUAGAGACAUUGAGCAGAUUUGCCAUUGGCUCCUAAACGAGCCUUUUGCCACUAGCUGUAAAAGAAUCUCUGAGAUGAAGACCCGAAAAGGGUUGGCUCUGCUUGAUAUUGUGAGAGAAGUAACCAUGUUUGUUUUCAAGAUCAAGAUGCCAGCAGAUGUUCGCAUUAAGCUCAUUAAUGAUAUGGCCGAUAUUGAAUACAGAUUGACUUUGGCAUGUAACGAUAAGUUGCAACUCGGGUCACUGAUUGCAGCUUUCACACGAGCCAGAGCUUCUCUAGUUGCUGCUGCCAAAUAAAGAUGCAUAAUCCAACCGAUGCCUUGCCUUAAGGUAGAAAAAUUGGGUUACAUGAGUCUUAUAAUAUGUUAUAUUUGCUUAUGAAGUGUGCAUUAGAGAAAGCAGGACCACAAUGUGGACAAGUACUGGACAACCUAUGUUGGGCCAAGAUCAAAUAGUCCAAAAGUUGUAAUAAACAUUUGAACCUCAUGUUUUUUCGUCUGGCCCGCCACCAUGAACUGAUGAUAAGUACGUAGUAAUGUAUGAGCUGUACGUCACUAUAACCAGAGUGUGAAAUACAGUCUCCUUCCAGAAUAUGCGAAUAUCUGAUGGGAUUAGUGAGUCAUCAUCAUCGCCCUUAAAGAAAAGGAUUUGGUUGGAUUUGAAAUCCCAUUAUUUCCCCCUUUUUUUUUUCAAUGAAUUUAAUAUUGGUAUUAUGUUUGUUUAUAAUAAUUCUUUUUUUAAAUAUCUUGUGAAUUUUUUAU